GGAAAACAAACCCGCUAUUGACGGCCGUGGUUAUUUUUUCGCGUUUCCCGGACAGUGCGCGCAGAGUACUCGCGGAAAACUCUUACCGUUAACAUGUUGCCUUCAUUUGCGGUAGUUUUAUGGGCUUCCUCCGCGUUCGCUAGUUGCACCAUCAAGUCCAGAGUGGUGCAUUAUAGGCCUUCGGAGAACAGGCAAGACUCUUACUUUCCGCAACAGUCACAGGCACGCACAUCGUCGCUUUUCUCCUCGGCAGGCCAGCCGCCCAGUUUUCCUUACCGGUUCGUUUUUCCGGCCAACCAUCCGGCCCUUUCCGGGCCCACAUUCUCGCAGUACGUCAAUACGCCACAUUCGUCCUACAACACUGACCUUGGGUAUUCAGAGGAAAUAUUCGGAAACCCUCAGGCGGAACAUCACAAACACAGGCAACUGCAGCACAGCUACGAGAUCGUUGGUAGCAAACAGCAACAACAGCAACAGCAGCAGCAGCAGCAGCAAUUCAAUGAUAUAUUUAACAGGCCCAGUCAACAGCAACAACAGCAUCCGUUUGGGUACAUCAAGCAGAGUAAAUUCCCGAGCUUCGAUACCACGACCAACGCCGUCCACCAAACGUUCCCGUCCUCGUCGACGGGUUAUCAACAGGCGGUCACGGCCGCAUCUUUUAGCCAACCCAUCAUGCUGUUGAUACCGUCGUCUGGACAGCCUGGUGCCCCUUACCAGACGUUGGUGUUGGUGCCGUCGGCCGGACCGUCAUCGCCGCCGCCGCCGCCGCCGUCUAUCUACCCCGGUAGUUACCAGCAGUUUCAACAGUCCACGCUCCAACCGCAACAACAGUUGCAGCCACAACUGACCGGCGGCUUCGUCACCAACCCCCGGGGACCACCGUUGGUCGCCACUGGAUUUUCGUCGUUCCAAACGUUUCCCUCCGGCAAAUUCCCGAGCGCUCAACUGUUCCACCGGUCACACGAUCCGCAGCCGCCGCAACAACAGCAGCAUCAGCCGCCGCCACCGCCGCCGCUUCAGUACCAACAACCACCCAAGCCCGCGUACCAGAGUCCGGUGCCGCACGGCGCCUUGCAGCAGCACGCCAUCGAAGACAAGGUGAGUGCCGCCUCUGGCACGUCCGCUGAAAGCGCAUCGGGUGAGGGCGUCGACGACGACAAGAACGAGGCCGAAACGAAACCAGACUCCCAUCAGAACGUGCCCGAGUACGGUGAAAAGACUAUCUCAAAAAUGCCCAAGCGAAUCGUGGUCACAUAAACGAAAACAACACUAUCUUGACGUUCUGAUUCCCUUACAGUAUUUGGCUCAAGUACUUCAUUCAAUCAGUCGUUAUAUUGUGUUAUUCGGAAGAUGCAUAUUUAAUCAAUUAUAUUCGGCUACAUUUUGAGAUCAGAUGAGCUUAAAACUUAACUUUUUUAUUUAUCACUAUUCACUUAUGUCGUCUAAUACUUAGGUAUGAUAUGAAGGCGUAUGACGGUGCAUUAAUUAUUAUCCGAUAGCACCUAUUUAUUUUUGUAUUUUAAAGUUAAAACGUAUUAUUAUUUUUUGUUUUACCAGUGGCCAAUAACGCUUAUGGUGUGUUUUGUGCGCCAUG